AUGCUCACUACGAUCAUCGUCUGCUUCUGCCUCACGAUUACUGUACAUGCAGACAGCCAGGAAUCCUCCAGCAAUUCAACUUCAACCUUAGCUCCAAAUACACUAAAGAACAUAACCGGACCAUUAUGCGACAAAGACGCUGAGUUGGCCAAGAUCUCGUGCUUGAGCUCUAGUGAUCACGAAGAGAUUUGGAACGGCAUUCUGAAACAUGGGUUAGCCCGGGUCAUCAAUAGGUUGUUGAUUGAAAGAUCAAUAAUACUUAUUGGGAAAGAGGAGUUGCGCAAGGCCCUGAAGUUACCACCGCCACCUCCUUGGGUGCCUGAUAACUAUACAGAUCCUAGCGAUGCAGAAAUCGCAUCGGCGCAGACCCUUGAGGCUUACUACGAUUUAAAGGAACCGAGAGAAAGAGUGCACAGUCUUGAUAGCUACUACUUCUAUGAGCACAAUUUUCCUCCCGUUAUUGCUUUUCUGGACAAGCGAGUUCCUGUGAUUCGCAGCAUUUAUAAGUGUAAAUUUGAAGAGAUUCGUUCGCUUGAUGUGGCAAAAGUCACAGAUAGACAAAAGAUUGAUCGAAUGAUUUCUGAGCUCAACGCAAUUUGUCCACAAUUAGAACAGGCGACUCGGCCAAUGUUCAGCAUUCGAUGCCCUGUGGACUAG